CUUCGCUCAGAUCAUCAUGGCGUCUCCCAGUGGGAAGGGAACCUGGACGCCCGAGGCUCCUGGUUUUGGGCCGCGGGCGCUAGCCCGAGACUUGGUGGACUCGGUGGACGACGCCGAGGGGCUGUACGUGGCGGUUGAGCGGUGUCCUCUAUGCAACACAACUCGCCGGCGGUUGACUUGUGCCAAGUGCGUCCAGAGCGGCGAUUUCGUCUAUUUCGACGGUCGCGACCGGGAGAGGUUUAUUGACAAGAAGGAAAGGCUAAGCCAACUUAAGAGCAAGCAAGAAGAAUUUCAAAAAGAAGUAUUAAAAGCGAUGGAAGGAAAACGGCUAACAGAUCAGUUGAGAUGGAAAAUAAUGUCAUGCAAAAUGAGGAUUGAACAGCUGAAACAAACAAUAUGUAAAGGAAAUGAAGAGAUGAAGAAAAAUUCUGAAGGCCUCCUCAAGAACAAGGAAAAGAACCAGAAGCUAUACAGCCGAGCACAGCGGCACCAAGAGAAAAAGGAGAAGAUCCAGCGGCACAACCGCAAGCUCGGGGACCUGGUGGAGAAGAAAACCAUUGACUUGAGGAGUCACUAUGACCGGCUGGCACGCCUGCGAAGGUCCCAUAUCCUAGAGCUCACCUCCAUCAUCUUCCCAAUCGAGGAAGUGAAGACUUCUGUGAGAGAUCCUGCAGACGUGUCUUCAGAGAGUGACAGUGCCAUGACUUCCAGCAUGGUGAGCAAGCUUGCUGAAGCCCGCAGAACAACUUACCUCUCUGGAAGAUGGGUCUGUGAUGACCACAACGGUGACACCAGCAUCAGCAUUACAGGCCCUUGGAUUAGCCUUCCAAACAAUGGGGACUACUCUGCCUACUAUAAUUGGGUAGAAGAGAAGAAAACAACCCAGGGACCUGACAUGGAACAUAACAACCCCGCGUACACCAUCAGCGCCGCGCUGUGCUACGCCACUCAGCUGGUCAACAUCGUGUCUCACAUACUUGAUGUCAAUCUUCCUAAAAAGCUGUGCAACAGUGAGUUCUGUGGAGAAAACCUCAGCAAACAGAAACUGACGCGAGCAGUGAAGAAACUGAACACAAACAUCCUUUACCUUUGUUCUUCUCAGCAUGUGAAUUUGGAUCAGUUACAACCGCUGCACACACUCAGGAACCUCAUGCAGCUGGUCAGCCCGAACUCCGAGCACCUGGGCAGGUCAGGGCCCUUUGAAGUGCGCGCAGACCUCGAGGAGUCCAUGGAAUUUGUGGACCCCGGAGCUGCCGGAGAAUCAGAUGUGAGUGGAGAUGAGCGAGUAAGCGACGAGGAGACCGACUUGGGCACAGACUGGGAGAACCUGCCCAGCCCGCGAUUCUGUGACAUCCCCUCCCAGCCGGUGGAAGUCUCGCAGAGCCAGAGCACGCAGGCCUCCCCGCCCAUAGCCAGCAGCAGUGCUGGUGGGAUGAUCUCCUCCGCCGCCGCCUCGGUGACCUCUUGGUUCAAAGCCUACACUGGACACCGCUAAGGAGUAUGGACCGAAACAUGCUGAUGUUGUGUCUCGAAAUCCUUCCCACUGCGCUCUAAUAACCUUGUCUGUAGUUAUGAUAGUGCCUGGAACCAGGGGGCUAACAUAUCUCUCGUCAGGACAAGUUCAGUAGCAGGACCUGACUUGUGGCCUCAUGGGCCCCAGGUCCUAGCCCCUUAGCCCCGACAGUGUGCUGGUUCCUGGGGUUUCGAGUCUUCCUGACACUGAGUUCUAGCCUUCAGUCAGAUCACAAGGAAGUGUUUCUUGGUGAUGAGAAAUGAAAGACAAAAGCCGAGUUGAUUUUUCUGUCAUCUUUUUGAGAGACUCACCAACAGCAGUUCUGGUCUCAUCAGGGAGAAGUGGUUGUCUGGGCAGGGAAGAGGUGGAAGUUUGUUGUUUUCAGUCAUCACACAUCACAUUCCUGAUUUCCUACUACACACCAAAGAAACCAAGGUCUUUAUUUCUGUGGACCCACAUCUGUGCAUGAGGAAUCUGCUGGGAUGUUUAGAGAGUGUAAACAGUUUUCUUGUAUUCUGAGGGGUUUAAGUCAAUGACACUCAUUUUAAAAUGGGACUUUUUCCUUUCCUUCAUCAUUCCCUAGAUGAGCUAAAUGCUGCCUGGGUACAGUGAGCCCUUGAUGACUUGUUCAUUCUCUUACUGUCCAGUUUGUUCUGGGUGGUGGGCACAGAGCGGAGUUAGCAGGUGCUCCCUGGGAAACCCUCCUGCUUGUCCCUGGGCUCUUGCAAGAUAGCACCUUGUGCAGAGUGUGGCGCUGAGCAGCUGUUCGAGGAAGUGCUCAGCCAUCAAGGAAUUUCCUCCAAGAGACCAGUUCGUGACAAUCUUACAGAAAACUAUAAUGAGAGGCAUUAUGUUCAGAUUUGUAAGUAGUUCUUUUUAUUUUUUAGUAACUUCAAAAAAAAGACUACAGCAACCCUGUGAGAAAGCACCCUCCUGGGCAUUGUCACAGCUUCCCAUUGUGACUGGUGUGCUGGUACCUCAGGCAGGUCCUUCAGCAGUCUGCCACGCCCACACUUCUCACUCAUUUAAGAGUUGGUACUCUGCCUGCAGAUGGAGGUGCUGCUGAACUUUUGCUAUUGGUGGAAUUGUAGGAAGAAUUGAUCCUACCCAGGAGCCCCGUGUUGCGGCUCUAGGUAUUCCACCUAGGGAGGAGGCAGCCUCCCUUUUGUGGCCCCUUUGGCUGGAGUCUUGCAGGCUCAGCUUCGAGAUUGCUGGGCCUGUGUUUGGCACUCUCUUCUACAACUCACAGACUGAGUCUGCUGGGACGAACAUACUGGCUGAGAAGAAGCCACCAGCUUGGAAGGAAGCUACAGACGGUGCAACAACAGAUGCAGGAAAUGCAGGGCUUGAUGGGGAUUUUGUUUUAUCAACUAGAGGCACUUUUGUCACUUUAUGUCACAGUAAGUGAUCCAGCACAUACUGCCCUAGGCUGCUGAUAUAUUUUGGGUUUUGUUAUUUUGCACUGGAUCCACCUGUUGUAAAUAGUCUUUAAAUACACAUUUCAACCACUGUUUUUUGGCCCCCGUCCUCUUUGCUGCUCAUUAAAACCUUUCAUGUAGAUGCCAGAACCAUACGUUAGACAGCUCUCUGAAAAAAAUGAAGCUGGUAUUUUUUUUUUAACCCAAAGCCAUAGAAGUUGGUCAUGUUUUUAUUUUAAAAUGAUUUAUUGAAACAAGGUAAUACUAAUAGAAACUCUGAGGCACCACAUGGGCUGCUUUAAAUGGUCUUACAAAAGACACUUUUAUGUAAUUGAAUAGAACCAAGAAAAGUUUUGCCACAUGCGGAACUUCCUGAGGACACAGUGAGUCACCAUGGGACGGGGAAGAAGUGCAGUGUCAGAACCCCCUCGCUGGCCUGGAACUUACAAGUCAGGUUGAGUCAUACAGAUGUUUUCUAAACUUUUAUUGUAUCACUGCAAUAAAUCCUUUAACAGUA